AUGUCUGCAAAAUUUCGAAAAAGAACCCGGAGUGCUUUAAUUUCUACCAAAGAAGCAGUUCAAAUUAUAGAAAAUGCUUGGUGUCGACAUCGUGAUAAACAGAUGUUUCGCCUGUUAAAACAUGCUGUAUGUGCAGCUGAGCAUGGUCUAUCCGAUGAUAUUCUUCGUCGGAUCGCUCCGCGUGAAGCUGAGCUUCUACGCGAUCCAAGUAUGAGUGUAAAAGUCAAAUUUCGUUUUGGUGGUUCAGAGUUUCCUCCGGUUAUUUAUUUUAAAAUCUAUGCUCGAAAUUUCAAUGGUGCUCUACCCAAAUACGUCAAUGGUAAAAAAGUCAUUAAUGCUGACAUGAACGCUCGUGUAGCAGCAUGUAAACAAAUGGGACAACGAGUUUUCUAUCAGCAGAUGCUUUCCGAUUCCUUUCAUAACACCAGCGGACGAGCGACACAUGAACUCGACGUAGUCACAUUAAAAGAUUAUAUGCAAUAUACAAGCUUACUUGAUGAACUCCCUUCCUAUCUAGGCGGAAGAGCGAACCAUUGGCGACGACUAAAUCUCGAGGAUAUACCAAGACAAACCAUCUUCUAUGAUAUUAUUAGCUACAUCGAAUCCGGUGGAAUAACACCUGAAUUACGAGAUAAUAUACCUCUCCUUCUCACUCAACCCUAUGCCCCCACGAUCCAAUUACAACACAUUCAAUUACUGAAACAAAUCAAAUCAACCCCCGCAUCCCGGACAAGUCAUACAUCAUCCGUACUUCCGAAAAAGCCAUCAUUAUCAGGACGUCGUUCUCGUCGUGCUGUGGAAAAUACAUCGAAAAUGCGACAAAGUUACAUGAAAACAGUAUCCGAAUCUUUGCCAACGACUCUCAUUCUUCAAUAUGAACAACAAACCACAAUCAAUUCAUGUGAAAAUGACGAAACACGCGACCAGACUGUUGAUAUAUUUGCUACUAAAGAUGAAUUCAACGACGGUGAAGUCGAUGCACUCUAUGCCUGGGCUGAAAAACUCCAAUGGAGUGAUGAUCUAUUCAAAAUAGAUCGAGUUUCAACAGCUUAG